UAACUGCAAUGUAACAUCUACUGUGAUCUUUUCCCUUCAUAGAAAAUCGAUUUGAGCAUUAGCAAAAUAUCAGCUAAAUUUAGUUGCAAGUUUGGAGCAGAGAAAAAAUGAGAAAUCUGCUCUGUAGCUGAGGCAAGCCAGAGAUACUUCAUCUGGAUGUGUGCUCGGGUUAUUUAUAGAGCCGACGUAUGUUCAUAGGCACCAUCCCCAGAGCUCACCAAUUAUCAUGGAAUUUAGAAAGCAAAAGCUUAACAAACAGUCACAGAGCAACUAAACCCACCACCCAAGAAUAGCUUGACCUGAAACACAAUCCAUUCACCAGGCAUGAGUUCAGACAUAUCAAUACGAGACAGUGUAAACAAGUGUUUGUGACAUGUAUGUACAACACAUCAAAGAGCCAUCUCCUCUAAGUGCAUUCUAGACAAGAGGUGAAGUCAGUUUUAAGACACAUAUACUGACAAUUAAAAUGAUUUGCUAGGGUGAAUAUAAACAUUACCCAUGUCUAGGAUGCAAAGUAGACACAUUUUACCAAAGCUUGACUUCUGAAUCUGUGUAAAAUAUAUUUAUUGAUUGUUCAAAUGUAUUGGUACAGCAAAUCUAUAGUAGAAAAAUAAAUGGGAUAGGCAAACAAACGUCUCGGCUUUACCCUGCCUGAACCAUGACUUCAUCUUUCAUUACCCAAGCAUCACAACACAGCCACCACAGUCAUCGUCAUUUCAUUCACAACCACUUCAGUCAAAACAAACAAAUAAACAAACCAAAGAAAAAUGGAAAAUGGAAGUUGUGGCCAUAACAUGCUGGCCUGAACUUACUCAAUAAUGGAGUGAAGAUUUAAGGUCUGAUGAAGUUGCAGCUGUCGUGACAUACAUCAUCAGGUACAGCUGUCACUGCAGGUUUGGUCCCUUGUGGGACCACAUGCCACCUAUUUGACACCAAAGCGCUUGCUGGUUUUGUAACUGGGAACAAACAUGCCAUAAUAACCAGACAAGAGAAGAAAGCACUAAUGCUGAAGUUAGCACUUACACAAAUUACCUCUGUGACCUGAAUGACUUAGUAAUAUCCAUCCAUGCAACCAGCUUUGAUCAACUGAACCCGUGGAGCUGCACUUUUUAAAAAAAUCCACUACACAGCAUUAGAAAUAUAUUUCUUUUGGAACAGGAAAGCACUGUUUACAAUUGCAUUACAUUGCAAUUAAUUAUGGCUCGAUGAUGGGGAAGCCUGCAGUCACUGGAAAUAUACGGUCUUGCAGUUGUUCUCGAGCUUUGAAAGUGAUUUUACUUGUAAAAAUGCAACAUUGAAGCAGAGUACAUCAGUAAACCCCCAAAUUCGGGAUAAUAAGCACAAAAACCACACGGAAAUGUUGCUGUAAUUGGCCUUGGCCCUCCAAUGCAAUUUUAUGCUUGCGUGUCACAUUGCAAUCAGACUGUGUGCCGGUGUUACGUACUCUGGUGGAGCGCUGGUAGUCCAUUAAAGGGAAAGGUGAGGCUUUUACAGGCUAGCCGUGACUACAAAUGUGCAUGAAAUUCUGGCACGACCACACUCUUGUCAAUAAUCAAUUUGCCAUAAAGAAAGGGAGGGAGGGGGGAGGAGCGGGCGUAGUCACGCAGGGGCUGUGGGCCCACCUUGGGCCGCGCACUUCCUCCCCCUACUGUAAACUUCAGUGGUGCAGGGGCCUCCUUUCUAAGCUCUCUUUCAUCUAGCUUACAGCAUGCAACAAUUUAAACAAUAAAUUCAAACAACCUGUAUGACUGUUGCCAUCUGGAACAAAGAGGACCUAAAAAGGGCACAUUCGUUGCUUCACAUCAGAUGCUCUUAAAAGUGGUAGGCAAUCGCGGUGCGGUCACCCGGUGACAAAGUAGGGUAUUGAAUCAACAAAGAAUUCUAAAUUUAGCUACAAAUGUAGCCUGCAAGAAGAUGACAGCAUUUUUCAGUGAAACCAAACAUCCCAAAACAUUUUAUUUCACAUUCAUAUCAGCCAGCUUAUAAACUUUUAGAUAUUUUUUAAACAUAUACAUGCCGUUAUUUGCGUGGGGAAAUACUACAUUUCAUAUAAAGAUAACUUCCACACCAUUCACUGCACUAUUCCUAAUCAGGUGUAUAAUAGCCAAUUGUAAAAAAGCAAAAUAAAAUAAAAAAUAAAGCAUACAAGUUAUAAAAAGAAUAACCUUACCAAUUUCAUUAACAAAGGCUAUAAAUAUUUACCUCUUUCAAAAGUAUGUUUUUACAAAAUAAAGGCUUUUACACAACUUAGAAAUAGUUCCAUGUGUUGCCAGAUUCUUAGCCAGGAAAACUAAAGUACUCGUUGUUGCUGUAUUUGACAUUUAGCGGUCAAAAGCUGUAGCAGUGAAUCUGGGAAAUAGCAUUUAAAGACACAAGACCUUCCAGUAUUCUCCACUCUAUGUUUAUUCUCAUUUUCAUAUGUGUUUUGAGAUGUAUUUUUUUUAAAUGAUGGGAGGGACCCAGCUCCUCUAAGUAUCUCCAAAUAACAUGGCAAUGAGUGACAACUAAUAGAUCAGGCGUUUACAAGCACCAGUUAGAGUAAUUAAAGGGAGACCUGCACUCCAGACGUUUCUCCCACUUCAAGCAAAGCCUAUUCCCCACCCCGACAGACUCGAUCAUUAGGUACCAUGUGAACUUUUGAAGUGUCGAGUGCAAAAAAGGCCAGGUGUGUAAAACAGUAAAUUGUAGUCCUCCACACAAAGAGUGAAAGAAAGAAUGAAAGAAGUGAAAAGAAGUGAUAGAUAGAAUGACCUUUGACAAAGAUUGCCAACUCUGCUUGUAAUGUCAUCUGUUUCCAUCCUUCAAUGGUUGCCCGUCACUUGAAAUUUAUGGCUUCGAACAAUAUUUAAAAUAAGCCACUAGAUCGGGGUGAUUCUUUGAUGUUGUGUCUAUAGUGCUCCCAUGCACAUGAAAUGACUGUUUUGCAGAAACAUUUAACAGUUACAAAUUACCCCAUUUCCUGGAAAAUGCUCUAGAAGUGCUGGACUUCGCUAGACAGAGGUGUACAAACAGUCUCUCUGAGGUCGGGACUACAUGCAAAUCGAAGGGCACAUUCUUAGUGCAUACCAGAGGAAUAUCAGCUAUUCCUUAAGUUUAUGGCUCCCUCUCAUGACCAGUAGGGGCCUGGCAAAAAGCAACAGGCCCUCUCCCUUCCCUUUUUUCCCUUGCACUUCCUGCCCAGCAUCCAAGUGACAGCUGACUGGCUGAGAUGUAAUUGGUCUCAAGUGAGGUCAGCACGAGGCAUUUAUCUAAGCACACUGCAUAACAACAGAGCGAAGAUGCAUGGAGCAAUCCUCCCAGGGUCCACACACGCCACUGCACCACUCCACAGACCCAGCAGAGGCAGCGGCAGUGAGUGCCAGCAACAGCACCAGCUCAGGAAGGCAACUUUUAGGGAGACGGAUUUGGAGAGGACUAUCUGAUUUAACGGCAGACACCCCAUAAAUCUCUGGAAUCCACAUGAAAAUUGCCCCAAGAAAUGAUGCCCAUUGGAGGACUGUGGUUUUCAGCAACACCUGGAGACGAUGAAGAAACACUGGCUUGACGCGGAGUGAAAUUCCCACUAGCAGAUUCCCUGUGUUUGGUUUCCCUCAGAGGACCCCUGCUGUGUGGGGGAGACACCGGGGUCAGGGACCUCGUGGCCACACGUUACACCAGCGUGGACAUUUCAGUAUGGUGCUCAGGAAUCCCACCAGCAUUGCAUUAUAAUGCACAUAUGGAUGCUGACAUGGAACCUGCCAAAUUUGCUCUUUGGACUGUACUUGCAUACCUUCAUCCUAGUGGGCAGUGUGUCGUUGGCUUGCAGUGAUAGGACCCCGGAGCAACUGGCUGCAAUUACGAACUGUUCCAAACAUGAACGGCACACCAGAAACUAUGACUACAUGGAGGGAGGAGAUGUACGGAUCCGGAGACUGUUCAGCGGAACGCAGUGGUUUCUUACCAUCGAUGAUUCCGGCAUCAUCAGUGGAACGCAAGACCCCACCAACUGCUACAGUAUUCUAGAAAUCCGUACGGUCUCAGAGGGUGGCGUGCUAGCAAUCAAAGGUGUGAAGAGCAAGUACUACAUAUCCAUGAAUCGAACUGGAAUGCUGAGAGGCAAGAAAGAGUACAAUGAAAGCUGCAACUUCAAGGAGGUGUUCCUAGAAAAUUUCUACUCAGCAUAUUCGUCAGCCAAGUGGACAAAGCAGAAUGGCACAGAGAUGUUUAUAGCACUGUCACAACGAGGGAAGCCUUUGCGAGGGCGGAAAACACGCAAGGAGCACAUAUCGUGUCACUUCUUACCCAGAGAGUGUAAAGAGGAUGACAAGCAAGUGGACUGAAAGCUCAACUGUUCUUCACUGCCAAGGAGUCCGAGAUAAAGCCACUGCUGCUCCAGUUUGUAAAAAAAAAAACAUCCACACAUCAUAUUCAUUCUGAACAAUGUAGUCCAGCAUAACAGUAGGCCUACACAGGAUAUCAUUCAACACAUUCUGGCUAUAUUUUGUGUUGUUGGAAACAACGAGAAGGCUGACUUCUUAAUAUAUGAAUUGACCUAUUACAACAUGAAUUGUAUUUCCAUUGUGUGUUUUUGAAUGUAUUAUAUUUAUUGCAUUUAUAACAGAGCCUUCAUUAAAUUGCAAAUAUAGUUAUAGUAUAUAGUAAAUAAAGUUAGCAAACAAAGGCAGUGAUAGUUAUUAAAAACAGUUUUCAAAAGAUCAAGCCAAAAGGCCUUACAAAAUAAUUCUUUCCAAUGUUUUAAUUGUGAAAGACAGCAAACCAGUUAUAGUAUUAUUAUUAUUAUUAUUAUUAUUAUAAACUAAACAUAAAUCACAUAAGAUACCUAUAGUAUUAAGCUGUGCAUUUACAUCAAAAUUCCACGGUAUAAAAGAUAUUGUCAAUUCAGUGUGUAACAACUAGCUCACAUUCUUGUAUCUUUUGGGUGGCAUUUACUAUGUUGAAAUGCAAUUAGCUCAUACUGAGUAGCAUACUUACAAACAUUUGAGAAACUGAAAUGAGUUGUUUUUGAGUAAUUUAGUAGGAAUACUGUAAAUAAAGCAAGCUGGAUUUGCCUUUUACAGUAUACAGUAUGCAAAAAUGUAGGACAAUAGCAUGUGAAAGAAUGAAAUGUUUUAUAUCCAUGUCUAGAUGUUUAAAAAUAAUCUAUGUACUCAUAUAUCUGAUAGUUCAUUCAAUACUUCAAAUUUAAUUAAUACUAAAUAGCUGCUCCAUAAUUGCCUACUUGCUGUUUAGGGUCAACAUUUUUAGAGUUGAGCAUUUCAAGCUGCUGGUAAACCAAUAACCCUGUGACAGGUUUUGAGAGCACGUAAAAUUUAUCUUCCUUGAGACCUGAUCUGUUUCUACAGGUCAUUACCCUUUCUAUCAACUUCUUCUAGUCAACAGUCUAGCCUACUGUCUUUCAGUGGUCAUUCAGUGGUUAUUCCUAACUCUUUGAUUUAGACAUUCCAUAUUCUAACCAAAACAUCAUUGGAAUUCCAAGGCAUACAAAUUAGGAUUUAGGAAGAAAUACCCUAAUUUUCUUAUGUUACAACUUUUGCCUGAUGAACUGAACACACAAACUAGUUUUUGCUAGUUCACAAUUACAUAUAUUUGGCUUGGGUAUCAUGGUAUAAGCACAAACAUGACCCUAGCUACCUUGGCUGCAAAAAAACACUAAUGUGGCAGAGGUUUGGAGAGAAUCAAAGCUAAAAAUUAGCACACAUUCAAAAAUAUCAAACUUGUGAAAUCUGAGUUGAUGUCUACUUCACAUCUAUUAGGAAUCAGAGUAUUUCUGUUAUUUGAGUAAUGAGUAUUUAAAGAGAGAAAUUACUGCCUUAGUCAUCUCAUUUUAAACUUGGAACAAUUCUUCUUGGUACUCCUCAUUGUUCAGUUUUAUUUAUGUUAUUUAUAGAGACUCUGUGUGGAAUCAUGGAUGUUGUAAGAAGUGUUAUAUUCUUUGAUACAGUGUUUUUCUGUGACUCUCCACAACUCACCAAAAUGUAGGCACUUUCCCUGUAUAGUCAAGCCAUUGAACCCAACAAACACCAACCGACCCAAACAUGGAGCCCAACUGGGACAUCUCCGGAACCACGUCCUCAUUCUGCCACAGUCAAUGAACCAUCUCAACCUGGAGGUUCUGCAGACUCGCCUCGUGGACUGUAGCAAAAUAAAACUAUAAUCUGCCAACACACCAUAACAGCUAUUAAAAUAGGAUAUUUUGAAGUUGUAUGUUUUUUCUCUCUCGCUGCUGCUGUCAUUUAGAGAAUAAACACGGUCUGAUGUGAUUCUAUAUUUUUUAAAAAACUAUUAUAAUAAAAUAUCUAAACUUCAA